AUGACCUAUCCUGCGCUGACGCCUGGCGGCAGUCUGGUCGUGGCGUGGCAGCUGCGUGGGCGGCGCGUGCUGCUCGUCGGCGGCGGUGACGUCGCGGCCGGCCGCCUGUUCCACCUGAAGAAUGCGGAUGCGCACGUCACGGUGCUGUGUCCCCCCGAAGGCCUGUGUGCCGAGAUGAAGCACCGCAUGGACGUCGACCAUGCCGUCGACACGUAUAUCCCCGAGGUCUAUUCCAGCGAGUCCCAGCUCGAAAGUGGCUCGUACGAUAUGGUGCUUACGGCAAUUGACGACGCCGACCUGAGCCGCGCGAUCUGCCAGUGGUGCCGUGCCCGGCGCAUUCCGGUCAACGUCGCCGACGUCCCCCCCGAGUGCGACUUUUACUUUGGCUCGGUGCUUCGCCGCGGCGCACUGCAGGUCAUGGUAUCCACUGGCGGCAAAGGUCCCCGCCUUGCGCGCCAGAUCCGGCAGCGCCUCGAGGCCGCGCUGCCUGAAAAUGUCGGCGACGCGAUCGAGCGCGUCGGCGCGCUGCGCAGUGCGCUGCGCCGUGUCGCGCCCGAAGCGCGCGACAGUGGCAAGCGCAUGCAGUGGAUGACGGACGUGUGCGAGGCAUGGUCCAUGGACGAGCUCGCACGGCUCGACGAUGCCGCCAUCGACCGCCUCCUCGCCGGCUGGCCGACCAACCAAGUGCCGACGUACCGCGAGGUGUACGGCGCGUCGGUGCGCUGGGCGCUGCCCAGUGCGCGCGAUUGGCUCUCCUUUGCGCUCGGCGCAUCUUCGGUAGCUAUAGCAGCUCUGUGGUUCACGCGGCGCACUAACAUAUAA